UAUUAUUUUCCCUUUUUCUUUUACAAUUUUAAGAAUUAAUAGAAACUGAUAUAAUUGAAAUUGAACUGAAUAAUUGAAAAUGAAAAUGAGUCCGCUCAAAGUUGACUCCUGAGUGCGCUUGUGUCACAAUUACGGGUCAAUAUCUAAGGUGUGGUGAAGAUGUGGUCCAGAGCGUUGAGGAAUAAUUUAAAAUUGAAUCAAAUACGUGGGGCCUCGACUAUUGUGAAAGGAGAACCGGAGGCACCGGUUGUCAAAACUGACAUUCCGGGGCCUAAAUCAAAGCAACUUUUACAGGAAUUGGGAUCAUUACAGCAAGCUGGAACAGUACAAAUGUUUGUUAAUUAUGAUAAAUCAAUCGGGAAUUACUUGGUAGACGCCGAUGAUAAUAUUCUCUUGGAUACGUACACGCAAAUUUCUUCCCUACCAUUGGGCUACAACCACCCAGAAUUAUUGAAAGUGUUCAAUGAUCAACAUAAUAUGAAAUGUUUGAUUAACAGACCAGCCCUCGGUGUUUUCCCGGGGGAUGAUUGGCCGAAAAGGCUUAAUGGGAUUCUUAGUGAGAUUUCCCCAAAAUUACCAAAUAUUACAACAAUGAUGUGCGGUUCAUGUUCAAACGAAAACGCUUUCAAAAACAUUUUUAUCACAUACCAGCGUAAAAAACGUGGCGAAAAUGUUGAAUUUACUGCCGAAGAAAAAUCCUCAUGUGUCGUAAACCAACCUCCAGGAGCCCCCAAACUCUCAAUUAUGUCUUUCAAGAAUGCUUUCCACGGACGCACCUUGGGGUCCUUGUCUACCACCCAUUCUAAAUAUAUUCACAAAAUCGAUAUUCCGUCUUUCGAUUGGCCCAUUGCCACUUUUCCUCAAUACAAAUACCCCUUGGAGGAGAACCAGCGCGAAAAUGAAGAACAAGACAAGAAGUGUUUGGCCGAGGUUGAAGAAUUGUUUGAAAAGUACGAGAAAAAGGGGAUCCCUGUUGCGGGGAUUAUCGUGGAGCCGAUACAAUCGGAAGGGGGCGAUAAUGAGGCUUCGCCCCAAUUUUUCCAACAGUUGCAGAAAAUCGCAAAGAAGAAUAAUGCUUAUUUACUGAUUGAUGAAGUACAAACUGGGGGUGGCUGCACUGGGAAAUUCUGGUGUCACGAACAUUUUAACUUAGAGACGCCCCCCGACAUCGUGACUUUUAGCAAGAAAAUGCAAAUGGGGGGCUAUUUCCACACUGCGGAGAUGACGCCUAAACAACCGUCGCGUGUUUUUAACACCUGGAUGGGUGAUCCCGGAAAACUGAUCAUUUUGGAAACGGUUAUUAAAGUUAUUAAGGAACAAAAACUACUAGAAAACGUAUUGCAUACAGGCACUAUGUUGAAAAUCGGGCUUUUGGAACUGGAGAAAGAAUUUUGUUACUACGUGAAUUCAACAAGAGGUCGAGGGACGUUUUUAGCGAUUAAUGCCACGGAUUCAAACUUGAGGGAUGAGAUUUUAACGAAGUUGAAAGCCAAGGGUAUCCAAUCUGGUGGCUGUGGUACUAAAAGUGUUCGAUUGAGACCAGCUUUAAUUUUCCAAGAACAUCAUGCUAAUAUAUUUUUGGAUAAAUUUAGACAAGUAUUAAAAGAAAUUAAGUAAUACGUGUUGAUUGGUUAAUAACGACAAAGGUCUUCCGUCAUGUCUUCCAAGAAAUGUAAUAACUGUGUUUUAUGUAAAUUUAAAAAAUAUGUACAAGGUGUAUUAGAGUGUUUGUGAUAAUAAAUUUAAGACA